CACUUCCACCGCGACCCUCGGUUGGCUCUCAGCUCUCCUUCGCUGUGUCCAAUGCCGAGCUCGGCGAGAACCACAAUGGCGAGGGGGUUGCCGCGCAGCAGCAGAUAGAUGAGGAAAUUGCAAAGAUCAAGCGUUAUGAGGACUUUACCACGAUCGGUGAGCUCAGUCUCUUGCUGUCGCAUUGCGGAAUACUCAGAACAGGACAGGCUAGGUACUAAUAGCAGACAAGACUGGGUUCAGGACGCCGCACGAGAGCAGCAAUUACGAAGGAAGGCACGCAUAAAACGGCAGGCUGGGCGCUACGGCUCGGGCCACUUCGACUGGAGGCAGAGAAUAUGGGAUUCCUAUGACGCCGCGCAGGGGUGGAUCGUUGUUACGAUUAUCGGCGCCGCGAUAGGGCUGAAUGCUGCGUUUCUCAACAUUGUCACCGAAUGGCUAGCUGACAUCAAGCUCGGCUAUUGCACCACCGCCUUCUAUCUCAACGAGGACUUUUGCUGUUGGGGCGAAGACAAUGGAUGUGUCGAAUGGCACCGGUGGACGGGCUUUGAACCCUUCAAUUAUAUCUUGUACAUCCUCUUCGCGAUUUUCUUCGCCUUCACCUCUGCUACGCUCGUCAAGUCGUACGCCCCCUACGCCGCAGGCUCUGGCAUCUCCGAGAUCAAGUGCAUCAUUGCCGGCUUCGUCAUGAAAGGCUUCCUGGGAUUGUGGACCUUGAUCAUCAAGUCGAUCGCCCUACCCCUUGCUAUCGGUUCCGGCCUUUCAGUUGGAAAAGAAGGUCCCAGCGUCCACUAUGCUGUCUGCACCGGAAACGUCAUCUCGAGGCUCUUUGCCAAGUAUCGGCGCAACGCCUCAAAGACCCGUGAAGUCCUCAGUGCCUGUGCUGCCGCCGGUGUCGCCGUCGCGUUCGGGAGCCCCAUCGGCGGUGUGCUUUUCUCGCUCGAGGAGAUGUCCAGCCAGUUUCCCCUGAAGACCAUGUGGCGGAGCUAUUUCUGCGCUCUGGUUGCGACGGCGGUGCUAGCCGCCAUGAACCCCUUCCGGACCGGCCAGCUGGUCAUGUUCCAAGUCAAGUACGACCGAUCCUGGCACUUCUUUGAGGUUCUGUUUUACAUUAUCAUUGGUGUCUUUGGCGGUCUGUAUGGGGCCUUUGUCAUCAAGUGGAAUCUCAGGGUCCAGGCGUUCCGGAAGAAGUAUCUGUCCCAAUAUGCCAUCCUCGAGGCCACGUUUCUGGCAGCCGCCACCGCCAUCGUCUGCUACCCCAACGCUUUUCUGAGGAUCGACAUGACGGAGAGUAUGAAGAUCCUUUUCUUGGAAUGCGAGGGCGCUGAAGAUUAUCAUGGGCUCUGCGAGCCAGAGCGGCGCCUCGGAAAUGUGAUGUCGCUCAUUCUGGCCACCGUUAUCCGUGUCUUUUUUGUCAUCAUAUCCUACGGCUGCAAGGUCCCUGCGGGCAUCUUCGUGCCUUCGAUGGCAAUUGGAGCCUCUUUUGGCCGAACCAUCGGAAUCAUAGUCCAGGCUAUCCACGAGGCGCAUCCCCAGAGCGCUUUUUUCUCAUCCUGUCCUGCUGAUGUUCCCUGCAUCACGCCUGGGACAUACGCUUUUCUCGGCGCCGCUGCCGCUCUGAGCGGCAUUAUGCAUAUAACUGUCUCUGUCGUCGUUAUCAUGUUUGAACUGACCGGCGCACUCACCUAUAUUCUCCCGACUAUGAUCGUAGUAGGGGUCACCAAGGCCGUCAGCGAACUCUUCGGCAAAGGCGGCAUCGCCGACCGCAUGAUCUGGUUCAGCGGCUUCCCCUACCUUGACAACAAAGAAGACCACAAUUUUGGCGUCCCCGUUUCCCACGCCAUGAUCUCGGACGUGAUCUCGAUCCCCUCAACUGGCAUGACGCUCAAGGCCGUCGAGCGUCUUCUCUCCAAAGACAACUACCAAGGUUUUCCCAUCGUCGAUGACGAAACCUCCAAGACACUCCUCGGCUAUAUCGGCCGCACCGAGCUACGCUACGCCGUCGACCGCGCCAAGCGCGAACACGCCCUGAUCCCGCUCGCGCGGUGCACCUUUGCCGCCACCGGCUCCCGGACAACAGACACACCCACCCCGAUCAUCCCAACCACUCCCAUUACCCCCAUUCCCGCGGUCGCGUCGGCUUCCUCCUCGUCCGAUCCAGACGACUAUAUCACCUCCGCCUCAACCGUGAUCGACUUCACCCCUUACGUCGACCCCACCCCUCUGACCGUGCACCCGCGCCUCCCGCUGGAGACGGUCAUGGAGAUCUUCCGCAAGAUUGGGCCCCGCGUCAUCCUCAUUGAGUACCGCGGCCGGCUCGCGGGGCUGGUCACGGUCAAGGACUGCCUCAAGUACCAGUUCAAGGCCGAAGCCGAGGCGGCAACCGAGCACGACCACCACCACCGCGACCCGGACGACGGCGGCGCCGGGCAAGAGAGGGUGUGGGAGUUCAUGAAGGCUGCCGCGGGGUGGGUGUCGGAUCAGGUGAGUAGCAUAAGCGGAGGCAGGAUUCGGUUGAGGGAUUCGAUUGAGAGAGAGAGGGGAGGUGGUCUUGGGAGGGGCAGGGCAGGUGAUGGGAUUUUGGAAGGGACUGAGGAGGAGUUGGAUAUUGAGUUGGAGUCGGAGGUGGGCGGUCAGCAUGGGGCGGUUGAGUUGGAAAGGAGGAGGUGAGGCGUUGGGUUGUCUAUAUUGAGAGACGAUGCAAUUGUGUUUAUUUGUAUAUGACUGUUUCUCUCUAUUUCGGUAUUGGGCUGAAUGGGAAUUGAAAUGGGAAUUGAAACAGACAUGCUUAAACCGGUGAAAUCAUGAGCUAAGGGUGUGCUGGUGGUACAGUGUCUCUUAAUCAUGUUUUGGGUACCCCUUGAGCUCCAUGAACGGCAUCCCCCUACGGUAUUCGCACCUUUGACACUCUGUGGUU